AUGAUUGGUAUUGCACUGUUGGGAUUCUUUAUUGGGCUUAGUCCCAUAUUCCUUAUUAUAUUAAUUUUAUAUUCUCAAACCUUUCUUAAGUUGAUUCAAAAAUAUAAUAUCCAAAAAGUUAAUAAAUUAAAAUUAGCAAGAACAGUAUUUGAUAACCCAAAUACACCUCAUUCAAAAUGUAGAACUAACUUUGUCAUACCAUCAUCAUUUGACUGUCUGAUAUAUUUUAAUAAUCCUUCACUUUUACCAACUAAGGCAGUAAUAACAACCAAUAAUAAAUCAAUUAUUUUAAGAAUUGAAGAAGAAGAAUAUCAGAUACUUUUUAAUGAUUUAAAUACAUUACUUAUCCCUGGUACUAUUCUUCGUUAUCUUCCAAAUGACCGUUUAACUUUAUGUUCUAAUAAAUCCAUUCUCCCAAACACCAACUCUAUUCAAAUUCAUUUUAACUCAGGUAUUAUCCUUGAACAUUUCUAUCUUUCUUUACUUCAACAAAUAUCAAUGUACUACCCUUCCAAACUCAUUAAACUUAAUUCUGGAAUUUUUCCAAAUGUUCCAACUGACUUUGAAAAAGCACGCCGUUCUUUACAAUUUAAAGAACAUUUUACUAAUUUAUUAACACGACUAGAUAAUCUUAACGCAACAGAAUCAUUACAAUGGUUUUAUGGAAUAAAUUAUCUUGUUCAUCGUAUUUUCUUUACCUUCUAUGAUAACAAUUCCUUCCUUUCUUUAAUAAAAACAAUUAUCCAAAACAAAAUCGAAAAAUCUUCACUCCCCUCAUUUGUUGAGGCAGUUAAUUGUACUGAAUUUCAAAUGGGACCUUCAUUACCAAUCUUUAACGAUCCAUCUAUUCGUAGAUUAAAUUCUCCAAAUAAAACAUUUCUUGAAGCAGUUAUUCAUUAUUUAAAUGGAUUUAAAAUGAAAUUCGAAAUAAAAGUUCAUGUUUUCUUUGGAACAAUUACUUUAAAUGCAGAAGUAAAAUUAAAUAGUCUUGAUUCAAUGAUUCGACUAAUGUUUCAAGACCUUCCUACAAACAUUAUUUGGUUUGCUUUUGUAACUGAACCUGUUGUAAAUCUUGACAUUGAAAUACCUACUUUUAAAACUCAAAAUAUGCCUGAAAAAAUUAAAGACAAAAUUGAAGGAUUCUUAAUGAACUUUAUUCAGAAAGAAAUUCUUGGCAGUUUUGUACUUCCCUCAAUGAAAUCUUUUGAAAUCCCAGACAUAACUGGAAAAACAAUGUUAACAGCAAUUGAUAAUAAAUUAGAAAUAUUCAAAAAUGAAAUGCCAACUGCAAUAGAAGACUAUCAUCGUCAUAAAAAAUUCUUCAAAAGAAUAACUGAAGACAAAAAAAUUACUCAAUCAAAACGUGAAUUUAUUAAAUGUUGGGAUACUUCUAGACCUUCUCCUUUCACUACAAAAUAG